UGGUGGAGUCCAAACUUAGCAACUCCACUCUGGAAUCAGAAAACUGGAAAAUCCUAUAUCUGGAUUGAAAUUCAAAGAUGAGCAUUUGGAAGCUUCUUUAAGAGAAUCGAGGCUUGGAGAUUGUCGACAGAAUGAGGUCUUGAAGAGGCAAACGCUCAGCCGAUCCGGUGGCCCCCGCCUUCCUCUCUCUCUCUCUCUCUCCCCCGCCCCACGCUGGGUUUUUUUUCUUUCUUUCCCCAUCAUCCUGACGUCGGGAGCUAUCCACAAGCCGUGGUGCUGAAGCAAAAUGGCUGGCUCUCACUAGGCACGAGAAGGAGGAGCAGCAGUCGGCGGCCCUUCGGAGAAGGAUGCCAUUUCGCAGCAACGCAACACGCCUUUCCUUUUCCAAGCAGCUCCCCACGCUGUGAAGCCAAAUCUGCUUUAGAACAGCGGCCUUGAAAGAGAGAGCGAGAGGGAGAGCGCCUAUGCCAUGUCUUUGCUUUGCGUUGGAGUCAAGAAAGCCAAGUUUGAUGGCCCACAAGAAAAAUUCAACACAUACGUGACCCUCAAAGUUCAGAAUGUAAAGAGCACAACAAUUGCAGUGCGAGGGAAUCUUCCUUGCUGGGAACAAGAUUUCAUGUUUGAGAUUAAUCGACUAGACCUCGGUUUGACAGUGGAAGUGUGGAACAAGGGUCUUAUCUGGGACACCAUGGUGGGCACGGUUUGGAUCCCCUUAAGCACAAUCCGCCAAUCAAACGAGGAUGGCCCAGGAGAGUGGCUGACUCUUGAUUUUCAUGUCAUCAUGAUAGAUAAUGAGAUCUCUGGGACCAAAGACCCCACUUUCCAUCGUAUCCUCUUGGACACCCGCUUUGAACUCCCACUCGAUAUUCCUGAAGAAGAGGCACGGUAUUGGGUCAAGGAGCUGGAGCGGCUGAAUGCUAUGCGAGACCAAGAUGAUAAGCAGGAGAAACCGCUUCCAGUCCCCGGCUCACAGUGCUGCAACUGGAAUUAUUUUGGCUGGGGAGAUCAACAAAAUGAUGACCCUGACAGCACCGUGGAUGACCGGGACAGUGACUACCGCAGUGAGACCAGCAACAGCAUCCCACCCCCUUACUAUACAACCUCCCAGCCCAAUGCUUCGGUCCACCAGUACCCCAUACGCCAUCAACAGCGAGUAUCCCGAGACUCCUAUACAGAUUCUAUGCAGGGUUAUGAGAUGGACUAUUCUAACCAUCGGCCAAUCAGACGUUUUGGUAGUGUAGAUUCUGCCGCAAAUGGGCACAGCGACGCUGAGUCUGCUUCCGGGUCAAGCAGGCACACAAGCCGCCAGCCCUCGCUCGAGAGCAGGCGCUCCCUAGACCUAUCUGAUAGCCCCACUGGGAGCAGCCGCUACGCCUCCUCGGCUGAGCUGAGCCAGGGUAGUUCGCAGCUGAGUGACGAAUUUGACCCUGAUGACGUCAGCCUGGACGAGCGGGACGGCGACUCCUACCACUCUUGCCACAGCUCUGUGAGUUAUCAGAAGGACUCCCCGCACUGGGACGAAGAAGAGGAUGACUUGUACCUGGAGGAGGAUGAGUUCAAUGAAGAGUAUAGUGAGAAUGAAGAGUACUACCCUGAGGGCAAGGCGGCCGACGCUGAUCUUGAGUCCUACCCCAAGGAGGUUUAUGUGCAGCAGCAAGAGCCACAGCCGAAGACCCCACAGGUCCAGCCAGCCACGCCAUUUGCCCUGUCCCAGCAGAAGCCACCCCAGCAGGCCCAACAGCAGCUCCAGCAGAAGUCACCCCAGCAGGCCCAACAGCAGCUCCAGCAGAAGCCGCCCCAACAGGCCCAACAGCAGCUCCAGCAGAAGCCACCCCAGCAGGCCCAAGCCCAACCGCCGCUACAGAAACCACUGCAACAGGCCCAGCCAGUGCCGCAAGUGCAACAGAGGCAGCAGCCAUUGCAGCAAAAACUGCCUCCUCAGGGGCAGCAGAAGCCACAGUCCCAGCAGCCACAACAGCUACAGAAGCCACAGCUGCCACCCAUGCAGCAGAAGCAGCCACAGCUGCAGCAGCAGGCGCCACCGAGGUUGCAACAGCAGGUCCAGAAAGAGGAGAAGGUGGACGAGGUUCCAACUGUCCUUCAGGAGGAACAACCAGCAGCAGAGCUCCCAGUUGUGGAGGAGACCCCCCAGGAAGAGCCCCCCAAGACAGAAGAGAAGGUGAAGGAAGAAGUUGAAGUGGUAGACCCCAAAGCACGAGCAAAAGCCAACUGGUUACGGGCAUUCAACAAAGUCUGCAUGCAACUCCAAGAGGCUCGAGGCGAAGGCUCUGGAGAAUCCAAAUCCCUCUGGUUUAAAGGCGGGGGAGCCGCAGUAAAGUUUCUGCACUGCAUUAACAGCAUGCCCGACAUUAUGGCUGGACGUAAAUCUCUUCCGCUAGUGAUCAGCGAUCUGGCUAUGUCCUUAGUCCAGUCCAGGAAAGCUGGUAUUACGUCAGCACUUGCAUCAAGCACUUUAAACAAUGAAGAGCUAAAAAACCAUGUUUACAAGAAGACCCUCCAAGCCUUAAUCUAUCCUAUCUCUUGUACAACCCCCCAUAAUUUUGAGGUGUGGACUGCCACCACUCCCACCUAUUGUUAUGAGUGUGAGGGUCUGCUCUGGGGCAUUGCACGCCAAGGAAUGCGGUGUACCGAGUGUGGAGUGAAAUGUCAUGAAAAGUGCCAAGACCUGCUCAACGCCGACUGCUUGCAAAGGGCAGCAGAAAAAAGUUCUAAACAUGGGGCAGAAGAUCGCACACAGAACAUUAUUAUGGUGCUGAAAGACCGUAUGAAGAUCCGAGAGAGGAAUAAACCAGAAAUCUUUGAGUUAAUCCAGGAGAUCUUUGCAGUCUCCAAGACCACCCAUACCCAGCAGAUGAAGGCAGUCAAGCAGAGCGUUCUGGAUGGCACUUCAAAGUGGUCGGCCAAGAUCAGCAUCACAGUUGUUUGUGCACAAGGCCUGCAGGCCAAGGAUAAAACGGGCUCCAGUGACCCCUAUGUAACCGUCCAGGUUGGAAAGACCAAAAAGAGAACAAAGACCAUAUAUGGAAAUUUGAACCCCGUCUGGGAGGAAAACUUCCACUUUGAAUGUCAUAACUCCUCCGAUCGAAUUAAAGUUCGGGUAUGGGAUGAAGAUGAUGACAUCAAGUCUAGGGUAAAACAGCGCUUCAAGAGAGAAUCUGAUGACUUCCUGGGUCAGACAAUCAUUGAAGUGCGGACACUGAGUGGAGAAAUGGAUGUCUGGUACAAUCUGGAUAAGCGAACAGAUAAGUCAGCUGUAUCCGGAGCUAUCCGACUGCACAUUAGUGUGGAGAUCAAAGGAGAGGAGAAAGUGGCACCUUACCAUGUGCAGUACACCUGCCUUCAUGAAAACCUAUUCCAUUUUGUGACGGAUAUCCAAAACAAUGGUGUUGUUAAAAUCCCAGAUGCAAAGGGGGACGAUGCUUGGAAAGUAUAUUUUGACGAAACUGCCCAGGAGAUUGUGGAUGAGUUUGCUAUGAGAUACGGAGUGGAGUCCAUCUAUCAGGCUAUGACGCACUUUGCCUGCCUUUCCUCAAAAUAUAUGUGCCCAGGGGUGCCUGCUGUAAUGAGUACUUUAUUGGCCAACAUUAAUGCUUAUUAUGCGCAUACUACUGCCUCCACCAAUGUCUCUGCCUCUGACCGUUUUGCCGCUUCCAAUUUCGGGGUAAGUCCGAUGAAAGAACGGUUUGUCAAACUGCUGGACCAGCUACACAAUUCCCUGAGGAUCGAUCUCUCAAUGUAUCGGAAUAAUUUCCCUGCUAGCAGUCCUGAAAGACUGCAGGACCUUAAAUCAACAGUGGACCUCUUGACCAGCAUCACUUUCUUUCGGAUGAAGGUCCAAGAGCUCCAGAGUCCACCACGAGCCAGUCAGGUGGUGAAGGAUUGUGUGAAGGCCUGCCUCAACUCAACUUAUGAAUACAUCUUCAACAACUGCCAUGAACUCUAUAGUCGUGAAUACCAAACUGAUCCUACCAAGAAGGGUGAACUGCCACCAGAAGAACAGGGUCCCAGCAUCAAGAAUCUAGACUUUUGGUCCAAACUUAUAACCUUGAUAGUAUCGAUCAUUGAAGAAGAUAAGAACUCAUACACACCUUGCCUCAACCAAUUCCCUCAAGAGCUGAAUGUUGGGAAGAUCAGCGCAGAGGUUAUGUGGAACCUUUUUGCUCAGGACAUGAAGUAUGCAAUGGAAGAGCAUGACAAACAUCGGCUAUGCAAGAGUGCUGACUAUAUGAACCUGCACUUUAAGGUGAAAUGGUUGUACAAUGAAUAUGUCACAGAUCUUCCUUCCUUCAAGAGCCGGGUUCCUGAAUACCCAGCAUGGUUUGAACCUUUUGUUAUCCAAUGGCUGGAUGAGAACGAGGAAGUGUCACGAGAUUUCUUGCAUGGAGCAUUAGAACGAGACAAGAAAGAUGGGUUCCAACAAACUUCAGAACAUGCCCUCUUCUCCUGUUCUGUGGUUGAUGUCUUCUCCCAGCUCAACCAAAGCUUUGAGAUUAUCAAGAAGUUGGAGUGCCCUGAUCCACAGAUUGUAGGCCAUUACAUGAGAAGAUUUGCCAAGACCAUUAGCAAUGUCUUGCUGCAGUAUGCUGAGAUCAUCUCUAAAGGCUUUGCUUCCUACUGCUCCAAGGAGAAAGAAAAAGUGCCUUGUAUCCUGAUGAACAACAUACAGCAGUUGCGUGUCCAGCUGGAGAAGAUGUUUGAAGCUAUGGGGGGGAAAGAGUUGGACACAGAAGCCAGUGAUAUCCUCAAGGAACUUCAGGUGAAGCUCAACAAUGUCUUGGAUGAGCUGAGCCGAAUAUUUGCAACCAGUUUUCAGCCACAUAUAGAGGACUGUGUGAAGCAGAUGGGAGACAUCCUGAGUCAAGUGAAAGGCACCGGGAACGUGCCUGCCAGUGCCUGCAGCAGUGUGGCUCAGGAUGCUGACAACGUCUUACAGCCUAUUAUGGACCUCCUGGAUAGCAACUUGACUCUGUUUGCCAAAAUUUGUGAGAAGACUGUCCUGAAACGAGUGCUAAAGGAACUCUGGAAACUUGUCAUGAAUACAAUGGAGAAGACAAUUGUACUUCCUCCACUAACUGACCAGACGAUGAUUGGAACCCUCUUAAGAAAGCAUGGGAAGGGGACUGAGAAGACUAGGGUGAAGCUCCCCAGUCACACUGAAGGUACGCAGAUGAUCUUCAAUGCAGCCAAGGAAUUAGGGCAGCUUUCAAAACUGAAGGAUCACAUGGUACGUGAGGAAGCUAAGAGUUUGACACCCAAACAGUGUGCUGUGGUGGAACUUGCACUGGAUACCAUCAAGCAAUACUUCCAUGCAGGAGGAGUUGGUCUCAAAAAAACCUUCUUGGAGAAAAGCCCAGAUUUGCAAUCCUUGCGCUACGCCCUCUCGCUCUACACACAAGCCACAGACUUGCUCAUCAAAACCUUUGUCCAGACGCAGUCCGCUCAGGUUCAUGGUGGAAAAGGGAUUAGAUUUACUCUUAGUGAAGAAACCUAUCCAGAGAAGGGCUCUGGAGUAGACGAUCCUGUGGGAGAAGUCUCCGUCCAUGUUGAGUUUUUCACCCAUCCUGGCACCAGUGAACACAAAGUAACAGUCAAAGUGGUGGCUGCCAAUGAUCUCAAGUGGCAAACAUCGGGCAUCUUCCGGCCUUUCAUUGAAGUCAACAUUAUUGGGCCACAUCUCAGUGACAAGAAAAGGAAAUUUGCUACCAAGUCCAAGAAUAAUAGCUGGUCCCCCAAAUACAAUGAGAGCAUCCAGUUCACCCUUGGCACUGAGACAGGCCCAGAGUGCUACGAGCUGCAAGUCUGCGUCAAAGACUACUGCUUUGCACGGGAAGACCGGACAGUGGGCAUCGCCAUCCUGCAGUUGAAGGACAUCGUGCAACGGGGCAGCUGUGCCUGCUGGCUGCCGCUGGGCCGGCGCAUCCACAUGGAUGACACGGGCCUGACAGUGCUGCGCAUCCUUUCGCAGAGAAACAAUGACGAGGUGGCCAAGGAGUUUGUAAAAUUGAAGUCAGAUACGCGCUCAGCGGAGGAGGGCAGCAGUAGCUAAGACCAAUCUGCCUCCCCCCUGACUUCCCCCUCCCCCUUGUUCCCUUCCACAGUCUGCUAGAAUUGCCUUCCCUUCUCUUCCUGGUCCCUUCCCUCUUUUAUACAGCCAUGUCAAAGCCAUAGAGUUUUCGGAGCUGUCUUUUCUCUCCCUCACCCUGGCCCUCCCUGCUCCUCACUCUUUUAUUUGGGAGCUUUGCUCCCGCUGCCAAGGAUCACACGCAUACCUUCUCAAAUACAUGUGCAUUGCCAAAUUCCCCCAUGAAGCAGAGAUUGGUGAGAGAACAAAGAGUUUGUUUCUACAAAGGAUCCUAAAAAAAAAAAAAAAAUCAAAGAUGCUGCUGACUGCAUUUCGACAUAAACUCCUGCCAUCCCCUUUCCUGGCAUAUUUUUGCCUGAGAAGCAUCAGAAGCUGCCUUCAGGUUAUUUGUCAAUCAACCCAGUAUUUCCAGUUUAAAUUGGCAGCUGAUAUCUAAGGCAGUGUUUCUCAACCUUAGUAACAGGAAGAUGACUGGACUUCAACUCCCAGAAUUCCCCAGCCAGCAUGCCUAGCUGGGAGCUGAAGUCGAUCCAUCUUAAAGUUGCCAAGGUUGAGAAACAUUGUUUUGAGGUCUCAGAUAUAGAAAAAUAUUUCCCACUAUAUGCUGCCUAAUUUGUGAACUGAAAAUGCUGGGGAUUGAACUAGCAACCAACUGUAAACAAAAGCGAAUUCUCUGUGCCAAGUGGAAAUAAGGAUAAAUUACAAAUCUAUAGCACUGGGAAAGGUAGCUUUCUUUGUCUUCAACAGGACUAAAGAAAUAUCAUCAGAUUCUUCCCUGCAAUUCUAGCACCAAGUUGCAUCAAGAUUAACAGCGCCCAAAAGGCUGAUCUGAAGUUCGUCCAGUCUAUUCACAAUUAUUAGCCCAUCGAGGCAAGGCUAGAGGAUGGCAGCUAUGCAGUUCACCAUCUUGGGAUCAGCAUGAUACUCUUCUAUUGCUGUGGCCUUCAAGGAAGGCCAGCAAUCAGACAUGAUAGGAAUGUAAUCCAUCAUCUGAAGGGCUAUGGCUUCCUUUUUUCUGUUCUAUUAUUUUAGGAUAUUUUUUUCUCAUUUUAUUUUCCUUCAGUUCUGAGAAGUUCUAGAUUUAAUUCCAUAAGUGAAGCAUGCACUUUGCUACAGUUUUACAGUUCCAUUGCAUUCCAUUCCUGUCUCGUGCACAAAUACGAAUACUUGAGUUACUAUUUGUAUAUGCAUUGAAACUCUGCCCCACCCUCAAAUCUUUACUGCAUCACAGUACUGGGUGAGGUUUUAUUAAUGUUCACGAACAUCAUCUCUGAACGUUGGUAAAACACCACGCUAUGUUCUUGCUACCAUCAUGAUUAUCACAUGAUUGACUUUUUUGUGGUGUUUGUUAACACAUGAACAUAUAAAAGUAAUGCAUGGGAGAACAGUGGACAAUUAAAAGACUGAACAUUGUGGUAAGAAUGUUAAGAACCUUAGAAGUGCAAAAAUGGACAGUCCUAAAUGCCCAAGUUUAUUUCUAUGUGGAAAUAAAACCAGGUAUUUCAAAAUGCAAGGGUACGCGGAAGAAUUCAGCCAAGGGGAAUUUGUAGGCAACCUUUCUGCAAACUUGGCAACAACAAUGUGGAGCAUGUGUGCUAACUCAAGAACUCUUAUUUUACUCAAGGAAAGGAGUAUUCAGUCAGUAGGAUUGGCCCCGACUCGUUUUCUGGUGUGUGUCAUAAUUACUACCUCUAUUGAGAUAACACACCUAAGCUGGUUUAUUCUUGUGAACGUAGAGGGAAUGAGGGAGAGGUGUGAAAAUGUGGAGUAUUCAUGCAGUAUUUGUUUCAGUACCUGUAAGAAGAUAAAACUCAAGGCCUUGUAGGUGUGGGACUAUAGUAUGUAAUUUUGGAAAGAAUUCAAGGUUUGAGAGGUUCCAAGAAAGGGACAAAAGCAGAACAUUAAAGGGAGGAGAUAUUUGGAAAAAAACAUGAGAUCCAAAAGAACAACAUUCUGUAAGAAAGCAGUUGUUUAUGGAGUUGCUGGAGGAUGACCAGUUAACUGGAAAAGUUAACUGAUCAUCAUGACUGUCCUAAAUCUCCCGAUUGAUGUCACAUCUGUAGAGGGCUCCCUUUCUGAAAGCUGCAUCAAUUCUAACAGCUUGGCCAGUUCUGUCCACAUGUUUCUAUGGCCCUACAGACAUAUGGAUUGAAUUUAUCACGCAGCCCAUUAGUUGAUGUCAUUUGCCAGUUCCAUGCUUAACUGCCUCCCCCCCAUCCCAGUUUGCUCCUCUGCCACCGAAAUACAGCUCAUUGUUCUCCUUCCUUGUUUGCUACCUGAUAUGGAUCAACUCUCACCGGUUGGGCAGCUCUAAACCAGUUAUAUCAAUCUUGGCUUCCUAGAAAGAUGCCUUACAUCAGGCAGAUUAUUUUUUUAUUCUGCCCUUAAUUAUUUGCACCUGAUUGUCAGCUCACCCCUUCCCCAUGGGAUUUUGUUAAAAGCAGGCAUCAAGAAUGGUAUUUGAGAUCUUCUGUAUGUAAAGAAGGAAUUCCACCUAUGAUCUCUGGUCUCCCCAAUAUUUGGAAAUUGAAAGAUUUCCAAGAAUCUUUGGAUGUGUAGUGGGCUGUCAUUGCUACAUUAGAGAACAUACAAGAGUGCCCUGAAAUAAAGACAGUGAUGUCCACCUAAACCUAGAGGAAAGACAUCAUCCUCUCUCCAGAAACCUCAUAUUCACCUCUUCCAAACACUGCACAAAUCUACUUCCAAGCUUAACUCCUCCAUUAGUCAGAACUCUUCCCCCCCCCAUUUGUCCCUCCUCUUUUUCAAAAAUGUUUAAUUUUUUAUGACUUGCUUGGGACCAAAGUAUCAGGAUUUUGAGUUGAAUGUUUACACACAGACAUAUGCACAAUCCACCAGACUUAUAUAAAUUGUAUUUGAAAAAAUUAAAAAGAGAGAAAGCUUAGGCAACAGUUGUAUCCAGGCAAAUAGCUAUUGUGGCUAGCAAAUCAAAACACGUGGCAAGGUGAUUUCAUCUCUUCCCUCCUUAACAGAUUUUUUUCUGGGGCAAGAUGGCACCAAGAGCAGGAAAAUAUGUAGGUUACAAAUGAAAGUUGUCUGGAUCUUCUGCAAAAUUCUAUGAACAAGGCAGGACAAUCGCACAAUUAAAGCCUUGUCUUGAAACCCUUUUAAGACUGCAGGGGAGGUAAAGCAAAAAUUCCCAUUUCUGUCUCCAGCAUACUUUGGCACAAACAGAGCUGACACUGUCCCUUAUCCUGCACAGUGAGAUGACAAGAAGCCAAGGGUAGGCAUCUCCCUCCAUCUUCCCCCCAAACUGGUUCCUCCUUCAACUGUUUCUCUUUGGCAUGUAGUUGAAACUAACAACAAAAUGGAUCAGAAUAAAUUUUAAAACCCCAAACAAUAAAAUAAAGUUAAUUCUAUUUGUGUAGCACACAUGUUGGAAUAUGUUUUCAUGUUGUCUGUUCUGUACAUACAUACCUGAAGUGGAUUGAGCAAUGGUUUUACCAACAAUGGAUGCAUGAUAGUGAGAUGUUUUGCACUAUUUUGAAAUUUUGGGGCUCUAUACAAAUAUUUUAUUAACUGACAUUAAAAAAUCAAAAACAAA